AUGUCUAACACCACAGGUGCUGCUCCUUUUUACGAAGUCGAUGAAUGCCGUGGAGUCCUCCGCGUUUACAGCGACGGCUCCGUUUGGCGGUCCACGAAACCAAGUUUCAAUAUUCCUGUUCAUGACGACGGCUCUGUUUUAUGGAAAGAUGUGUUGUUUGAUCCUUUACAUAACCUCGAGCUCAGGCUUUACAAGCCGGCUUCACUUCCCUCUUCCGCCAAGCUUCCUAUCUUCUUUUACAUCCAUGGCGGUGGCUUUUGUAUUGGCUCCCGUACUUGGCCUAAUUGUCAAAACUAUUGCCUCCGACUGGCGUUUUGGAGGCUAUCAAUACCAAUUGGAGAAACAACUGAUCAUCCACUUGUGAACCCAUUUGGACCAGUAAGCCGGAGUCUUGAACAUGUUGAUUUUGAUCCUAUUUUAGUUGUUGUUGGGGGAAGCGAUUUACUGAAAGACCGAGCAGAUGAUUAUGCGAAAAAGCUUAAGAAUUGGGGGAAAAUGAUAGAUUAUGUUGAAUUCGAAGGCAUGCAGCAUGGCUUCUUCACCAUUGACCCCAAUUCACAACAAGCACGUGAACUUAUGCUUAUCAUUAAACGUUUUAUCAAUGAAAAUUCCAGCUGA